UCCGUAGCCGGGAGGAGCCCGCAGGACCUUCACGCUACGGAGCGGCGGAGGGGUCAAGCGCCGCCGGUCUUGCGUUGCGCGGAGGCCGGCAUGCCGCGCUACGCGCAGCUGGUGAUGGGCCCCGCGGGCAGCGGCAAGAGCACGUACUGCUCCACCAUGCUGCAGCACUGCGAGGCGCUGGGCCGCGCCGUGCAGGUGGUUAACCUGGACCCGGCCGCCGAGUUCUUCAGCUAUCCCGUCAUGGCAGAUAUACGGGAGCUCAUAGAGGUGGAUGAUGUGAUGGAAGAUGAUUCCCUGCGGUUCGGUCCCAACGGUGGCCUGGUGUUCUGCAUGGAGUACUUUGCCAAUAACUUCAACUGGCUGGAGGAGAGCCUCGGGCACGUGGAGGAUGAUUAUAUACUGUUUGACUGCCCAGGUCAGAUCGAACUCUAUACACAUUUGCCAGUGAUGAAACAGCUGGUGGAACAGCUUCAGCAGUGGGAAUUCCGUGUCUGUGGAGUGUUUCUUGUCGAUUCGCAAUUCAUGGUGGAAUCUUUUAAGUUUAUAUCUGGAAUUCUGGCAGCACUCAGUGCAAUGAUCUCGUUAGAGAUUCCACAGAUUAACAUCAUGACUAAAAUGGAUUUGCUGAGCAAGAAAGCUAAGAAGGAAAUAGAAAAGUACUUAGAUCCAGAUAUGUAUUCUAUGAUUGAAGAUUCUACUGAUAUAUUGAAAAGCAAAAUGUUUAAAAAACUGACUAAGUCCAUAUGUGGAUUGAUUGAUGACUAUGGUAUGGUUCGAUUUCUACCUUUCGAUCGCUCUGAUGAGGAAAGUAUAAACAUAGUUCUGCAGCACAUAGACACUACCAUCCAGUAUGGAGAAGAUCUUGAGUUUAAAGAACCGAAGGAACAUGAAGAAGAUAAAUCUGCACUUGUGGAUGAGUAUUUUCAAGAUCACGUGAAUGAGUAAAAAGUAAAUGUUGGAAAAGAGGAAGAAAAUACAUUGCUUGUGUGUUUUAAAGGAAACAAAGACAUUCCCUUCCACACAAACGUAUUUAUUUGAUGUUUUGCCUUUAAGAUAACUAACAUUUCUAGUGAAAAGUGAGCUAUAUGACAGUUUAUAUGAUGGAAUAUAGUGAUCUAUAUUACUGUUUAUAGUUCUUUUGUAAAUACAGAAUGUUCCUGAAUUCUCAAGUGUUUUCAAAAUAUUUUUUAUUACUUCUAAAAUUUAUUAGUCUAAUUUAUUAGCUACCUUCAGCUGAAUUGGAGGAUGUUUUCCUGCUAGUCAUGCCCACGUAUUUAUAAAUCUUUCCUUGAUCCUAAGAAAUGAGGUUUUAUUCAUGGAGUUAUUGAAUAAAAAUAUUUUCUAUAAAGGG